AUGAACGUUGCAGAUAGAGGAAUGCAUAUAAUUCUCAUGUAUUUGAGAAUGAAUGCUUAUACAAUACUAUCAAUUUAAAUGCUUACCAAGGUUAAUCAAAUAUGUUCAAGUAAAAAUAAUCUAAAAUUUAGAUGAUGGAGAAUAAUUUUUAUCUGUUUCUAUUAAAGGUGCAAGUUUCAUGAUUAUUCUAAAUUUAACUGCAUUUAUUUAUGUAAAAGCUAAAGAGAAAAUGCAAGUUUCUGAUAAUUUUUUGUUAGCCUUCUUAAAUAUAUGUUGGGGAAUUAUAGAAUUUAUGAAAAGUUAUCAGACUACUGAAAUCAAUUUAAAUGAAUGUUAAUAUGUCAUUAAUAUUUAACAAAUAACAUUUUACUUUUAGGCUACUACUGCUUUAUGGGUAAUUUAAUUAAUUUGAUUUAGGUUGUAUUAGCAUUCUUUUUCAGUUAAAUUGUUAUAAGAAUAACUAGUUUACCAAUAAAUUGUGUUUCUAUAUAUUUGAUAUUAGUAAAUGAGAAACAAAGUUGUUUGGAAGACAAUAUUUAUUACUUAAUGAUUUUUUCAACAGUUUGGUUAAUUAUUUUAGGAAUUCCCUAUAAUUUUUUUAUGAGUGCAAAUAAAAGAGUAACAGGUCCUUAUUAAUUUUUAACAACUAUAGGAAUUCUUAUUUAAAUACCAGUUUGUGGUAUAUAUACAAUAUAUAUUGUAUUAUAGUUUUGAUUUAUCUGUAAGGAUUGAAUUAUAAAAAUGAUGCAUGUCAAACAGCAUAUACUGCUUAAGAAAUAUAUAUGGUUAUUUCUGUAUUACAAUUAGUGAUAUUGCUAUUAUACUUUAUAUAUUACAAAGUAUAAAUUUAAGUUUUAAUUUAGAAAUAUGAAAAAGAAAGAAAAAAUCAAGAAAUAUCAAAGGAAUUAGUCAAUUUAUCAACAACUACAGUAUCUACUAAAUUAUCGAGCACUAAGUAUACAAUAAAAAAAUGA